AUGGCGGAUCCAAAACAAGGAGGAAGCGUGACGAAAGGGCACGAAGAAGCCAUGAAGAUGGCGGUGUCCCUGCUCAAGGAGUUCGGGCUGCCGGAAGGGCUGCUGCCGCUUGAUGACGUGGCGGAGGCCGGGUUCGUGAAGGAGACGGGCUUCUUCUGGAUCGUGCAGAGGAAGGCGACCAAGCACCGCUUCGAGUUGGUUGGCAAGCAGGUCAGCUACGACGUUGAGGUCAGUGCGUACUUGGAGAAGAACAAGGUGAGGAAGAUGAAGGGCGUCAAGGCCAAGGAGCUCAUGGCGUUGUGGCCUCCCGUCGUCGAGAUCGUCGUCGACCAUCCCCCGACGGGGAAGGUUCGGUUCAGGAGCCUUGGCGGCGUCGCCAUGGCUUUCCCCGUCCAUGCUUUCGCCGCCGGACAGUAG